UUCACCAGUCCACCAUAUAAAUAGAAAGCUUUUGAGAGUAUCUGUCACUCGCAGCUGUAGCAGCAGCAAAAUAUUAAAUCAAUGCUUGUUGCAGAGUAGCAGCGGCAGAUCAACUGCAUUUCAAUAACUAUUUAAAAUCUCCCUCAAAAUUGUCGCAGGAGAAAGAGCGACAUGGAAACUAGCUCAGUUUCCAAGCUAUUAUUGAUCUGGUUUUUGUUGGUAAUAGGUAGUGAAGUGAUACAGUGCAGCGUGACCUAUGAUAAGAAGGCCAUUAUCAUCAAUGGCCAGAGGAGGAUCCUCAUCUCCGGUUCUAUUCACUAUCCGAGAAGCACACCUGAAAUGUGGGAAGAUCUUAUACAGAAGGCUAAAGAUGGAGGGUUAGAUGUUAUUGACACGUAUGUUUUCUGGAAUGUGCACGAGCCUUCUCCGGGCAAUUAUAAUUUCGAAGGAAGAAACGACCUGGUACGGUUCAUUAAGACUAUUCAGAAAGCAGGGCUAUAUGCUCAUCUUCGAAUUGGACCUUAUGUUUGCGCUGAGUGGAAUUUCGGAGGAUUUCCUGUUUGGUUGAAGUAUGUUCCUGGUAUCAGCUUUAGAACUGAUAAUGGGCCUUUCAAGAUGGCAAUGCAAGGGUUUACCCAGAAAAUUGUACAGAUGAUGAAAAAUGAGAAUUUAUUUGCAUCACAGGGAGGUCCCAUUAUCCUCUCGCAGAUUGAGAAUGAGUAUGGACCAGAGAGUAAGGCCCUUGGAACUGCUGGUCGUGCAUACAUAAAUUGGGCUGCAAAGAUGGCUGUUGGAUUGAACACAGGAGUCCCAUGGGUGAUGUGCAAGGAAGAUGAUGCUCCAGAUCCAGUGAUAAAUGCGUGUAAUGGUUUUUACUGCGAUUCAUUCACUCCCAACAAACCUUACAAGCCUACAAUGUGGACUGAGGCUUGGAGUGGCUGGUUUACAGAGUUUGGUGGUCCUGUUCACCGACGACCAGUUCAAGAUUUGGCAUUUGCAGUUGCCCGUUUUAUACAAAAGGGGGGUUCAUAUAUUAACUACUACAUGUAUCAUGGAGGAACUAACUUUGGGCGCACUGCUGGAGGCCCUUUCAUUACCACUAGUUAUGAUUAUGAUGCUCCACUUGAUGAAUAUGGUUUGAUCAGGCAACCUAAAUAUGGCCAUCUCAAGGAGCUUCACAAGGCUAUUAAGCUAUGUGAACAUGCUUUAGUUUCUUCAGAUCCAACUGUGACUUCACUGGGAACCUAUCACCAGGCUCAUGUAUUCUCUCCAGGGCAGGGAAGAUGUGCAGCUUUUCUCUCAAAUUACCAUUCAAGCUCGCCUGCCAUGGUGAUGUUUAAUGGCAGGCAUUAUAAUUUGCCCCCUUGGUCCAUAAGCAUCCUUCCUGAUUGCAAGAAUGUCAUAUUUAACACUGCAACAGUUGGAGUUCAAAGGGAACAUAUGCAAAUGUUGCCAGCUGACUCUAAGUUGCUUUCAUGGGAGACUUAUGAUGAAGAUGUUUCUUCUCUGGGUCAAAGAUCAACAAUAACAACUGUUGGACUCUUGGAGCAGGUAAAUGUCACUAGAGAUACUAGUGACUACCUGUGGUAUAUGACGAGUGUUGACAUUAGUUCAUCAGAAUCAUUUCUGCGAGGAGGAAACAAGCCCACUCUUAAUAUAGAAUCAGCUGGUCAUGCUGUUCAUGUUUUCAUUAAUGAACAGUUUUCAGGCUCAGCCUUCGGUAGCAGGGAGAGUAGAAAGUUCACAUUUACAGGGCCAGUUAACCUUCAUGCUGGAACAAAUAAGAUUGCACUCCUCAGCAUGUCUGUAGGAUUACCGAAUGUCGGGUUCCAUUAUGAAACAUGGGAAACAGGAAUCCUUGGUCCAGUUAUGCUGCAGGGUCUAGACCAAGGAAAUAGAGACUUGACGUGGCAGAAAUGGUCAUACCAGGUUGGCCUACAAGGGGAGGCAAUGAAUCUAGUAUCACCAAAUGAAGCUUCAUCUUUUGAAUGGACUCAAGCUUCACUAGCUACUCAAGGCCAGCAACCUUUGACAUGGUACAAGGCAUAUUUUGAUGCACCUUCAGGAAAUGAGCCACUGGCUUUGGACAUGAGAAGUAUGGGAAAGGGUCAAGUGUGGAUAAAUGGGGAGAGUUUAGGAAGAUACUGGAUGGCUUAUGCAAAGGGUGACUGCAAUACUUGCAGCUAUUCUGGGACAUACCGCCCUACAAAUUGCCUGCGUCGAUGUGGCCGACCUACCCAACGAUGGUAUCAUGUUCCAAGGUCCUUUCUGAAGCCAACAAAAAAUUUGUUGGUAGUUUUUGAAGAACUUGGAGGGGAUGCAUCAAAGAUAUCUCUUGUGAAAAGGCAGUACGCCAAUGGUCAAACAAGUAGUGUUCAAACAAGUAAUGAUGAUGAAAAUAAUAAUGUUUAGGUGCUUAUAUAUUUAUAAAAAUAUCGGUAUUAUAGCCAAAAGGAAAUGGUGAUGAAAAUAAUAAUGUUCAAACAAGUAGUGUUGCACCAAUAUUAUGGUCUAUGAGCGAUGUUAUAUAAACAUUUUUUUGAGUA